AUGGCAACUUCGAUACCUGAGAUGGUAUUGAGUGAUGGCCUCAAGUCGUUUACAUGGAAGAAGAAUCUUCAUCCAAUUAAACGGACUGAGGACAUGGAAAAGAUAUGCAAACCUGAAAUAGCGGAGACAUGUCUUUGUGAGGUUUCCGAAACUGGGGACUGCAUACCACGACCUGCUGUAUCUGGGACUGUCGAUACGUGGGACAAAGAUCAUGUGAAGCUGCCUUGUUCACCACAGAAUCUUCACAAGAGGGCUGUUCUCAGCUAUAACGGGGACUAUGCUCGCGGAAGCUGGAACGUCGAUAUGCUAGCGGCCGCGCUUGAACUUCGUCCCGAGUUUGGGCCUCUGCUGAAGAAGAUCGCGGAUCUAGCCCUCAAACUGCCCUACCUUAUAAUGCAGGUUAGUAUGCUGUUUAUGCUGCCCUAA